AUGAUGCUGCCUCCGCCCUCGAGGCUGUUCGACUACGUGGUCGUUGUGGCCCUACGCCCGGACCGGCGCGACCCCACCUCGACCCCCAUCGUCAAGCCCCACCUCCGCUACCGCUUCCCGCCGCUGCAGCGCGACGCUGCCGGCACCUCGGCCGCCGCCUCAGCAGCCACCGCAGUCGAGCCCGCCGGCCGAGGCUUGCGACCCACGCCCCAACGGGGCCUGCCGCCCACACCGACCGCCGCUGCCGGCGCCGCUGCGGGUCUCGACGCGCGACAGCUGCGCGAGCGGCAGAAGGCGGCCGAAGAGGAGCGCAAGCUGUACAAGGCGGUCAAGAAGUUCUGCUUCCCCGAUCUGCCGCCGGCGCUGUCGCUCGCGAGCUUCAUGAACACGUCGUUCGCGACGUCGUACGGCCAGCAGCAGCAGGGCGAGACCUUCUCGUUCACGCUGACCGAGAGCAACGGGGCCAAGCGGUGGGGCUACUGCCUGCGGGCGCCGGGCCCCAGCCAGGCGGCGCCCUUCCCGCAGUGCAUCUGCAUCAUCAGCUUCCUGCCCUGUUUCAGCAUCUUCUCCACCAUCCUCCAGGAGCUCACCAGCCUCCAGAAGGCCGAUGGCGGUUUCGAGGCGUUCACGCAAUUUCUGAAUGCGGUCUACAGGGAACCGCUGCCCAUACCCGGCGGCACCCUUCGUCUCACACUACCUCUCACCCUCUUCCCAGCGCAGGCUGCCGAACCCAACCACGGGAAACCUGGCACGCAACCCGCUACACGCGCGCAACAAUCAGGACAGACCAAGCAGAUCAAUGGCGAUGUCGUCGAGUACGCGUUCACGCGGCCGGACGACAGCGAAUCACUGCUGGACCACGUCAACUUCGAACCGCUUCUCCAUUUCCUCGACGCCCCCAACAUCGCCAGCAUCCUGGCAUCACUGCUCAUGGAGCGAAGAAUGAUCUUCAUCGCGACCAAUCUCAACACCCUCUCCUCCUGCGUGCAAGCCGCCGCAUCCAUUUUGUAUCCGUUCAACUGGCAGCACAUAUUCAUUCCGGUGGUGCCCCAGUCUCUGCUCUCCUUCUGCUGCGCCCCGAUGCCCUUCCUCGUGGGCAUCCUCCGCGUCCACCUGGCCGAACUCAAGACACUCUCCGACGCCAUGGAAGAGGUGGUGGUUGUGGAUGUCGACAAUAACAAGGUUUUGUUCCCGGAGGACAUGGACGACGUCAAGCUGGUGCCGCCGGUGCUGCUCGAUCCGCUGCUGCAGAGCCUGCAGCGCAUCUGCAGGGAGGUGCGCGGGGUCGAGCCCGGCUCGCAAAGCUCCUUCUCCAUCUUGGGCUCGCUCAUGGGCAAGCCCAAGGCCAAGGAGCGCAAACCGCUGUCGAAGGCGCUGGUCAAGGACCUCCAGAACGUGUUCAUCGCCUUCAUGGUCGACCUCCUCGCCACCUACAAGGACUUCAUGCGCAAAACGCCCGUCAAGCCGGACGUCACCACCGCCGCCUUCAACCCGGUCGAGAACGGAUUCAACUCCAAAUACUUUGACAGUGAAGGGCCGGCGGAUAUGAGGGCACUGCUGGAACUGGUGACCCAGGCCCAGCUCUUUGUCACCUUCAUCGAGGAGCGCCACAAGCGAUUCGUCAAUUCGGGCAAAUUCGAGAGGCGACUCACCACCCGGAUGAGUCAGGUGCUGCUGCCGGGCAGCAAGGAAGCGGAGCAGUUGCAGAUGGCCCUACUCAGGGGCAAACUUGAAGAGCCACCGCCAACGACCGAACCCAGCCCAGGCGCCCAGCCGGCCGAGAGCCGGCUAAAGACAAGAACGCGAUUCACGAUGUACGAUACGGGUGCGAUCACGAGGGACGAGGUGACCAAGAGCCUCUGGGAGGAGGAGAAGCGCAGGGAGGGCGAGCAGAAGCGACUCGAAGAGGCAGAGGAGAAAAAGCGAAAAAAAUCACCACAGCCUCCGGCUGGCGGCGGCGGCGGCAGCAGCGGGAUCGGCAGCGGCAGCGGCAGCGGGAUCGGCGGCGGUGGCACCAGUAGCGGAGGCGGUGGAGGCCACAGCGAGACCACCACGAACAGCAGCGGCAGCGGGGGUGGAAUGUCGAGCAUCUGGAAUCGACUGUUCUCGGCGCCGGGCAAUCGCGAAGACGAGAGCCAGGGAUUCCACAUCUCCGACCCGUCCAACUUCCGCAAGCUCGACACCGACCUCGCCGAGUACGCGAUGUCGACACCUGGCGCGGGCACCGUAGCUACGGUGUCGACACCGCCCGCCGGCGCGGUGGGCGGCGACGCUGGCAGCGCAGCGGCGGUGACGGAGCCGACCAAGCCAGCGCCGGCGUUUGGUCGCGGCAUCACGGUGGGCGCCGGCGGGUGGAUGAAGAAGAGCGGAAUCUCGGUCGCGCAGAACUCGUCGGGCGCACUCAGCGCGCCGGCGGCGCAGACGGCCGGGCCGUCGUUGGGCGGAGCGCGGGCGCCCAAGGCCGCGGCGGCGGGGGCUGUGACGUCGGUUCACCCCUACACAGCGUCGUCGAUCCCGUCACCGCCGACGAGCAGCGGGGCGCCCAGCGUGGGGCAGGCCCGGUCGCGCGAGCCCAGCGGGGACGGACAGGACCUGUUCCUCGGCGGCGAUGACGCGGGGGACGAGAGCGAAGCGAGCUCAAGCAAGAUCGUGCAUGAAGGCGGGCUCGUGAAACUGGCGGGGCAGCAGUACUACAUUCAGCUGUCCGACAAGUGGCAGCUCCGAUGGUUCAUCCUCACCGAGACGCACCUCUCGUACUACCGACCCAAGGACAAGCGGAAGCCGUGCGGGGUGGUGCCUCUCAAGAAGGUGGCCGACAUCAGCUUCUACGUCACGCACCCGACGCUGAAGCGAAACAACCUGAUCGAGCUCAAGACCAAGAUCGUGGGCGGCGAGGGCGGCGGGACCGCCCCGCGCACCUACUACAUGGAGGCGCCGUCCAAGGAUGACGGCCUGCGUUGGCUCAACGCCUUCCAGCAGGUCAGGCUCGACAGCCAGAUCGUCAACGCAUCCUCUUGA